UUUCGUUACGUAAGUUCCAGGGAGGCGGAAGUGUGAUGUGGCUUUGAUUCCCAUUUACAAAAAUGUCAGCCAUUUUCAACUUCCAGUCACUGCUAACUGUGAUUCUCCUCCUGAUCUGUACCUGUGCCUACAUCAGAGCAAUGGCCCCCAGCCUGCUGGACAAGAAUAAGACUGGGCUUCUAGGAAUUUUUUGGAAGUGUGCCAGAAUAGGUGAGCGGAAGAGUCCGUGGGUGGCCUGCUGCUGUGUCAUCAUGGCUUUUAGUAUACUGUUCCUACAGUAGCAAUCUAAAGAAACCCACUAAUGGAAACAUUGGAGAAAUGGAGAGACACGAAGACAUGGACAGGAUGAUCCUAGAAGCACAAUAAGACCUCCUUUGCUUAUCAGUUAGAUAAUGUAAAAAGAGAGACCUGACAUCACGUACUGAGUCACGGAGAGCCCGUGUAUGGAGGAGGGGGUUAGCUGAUAGCAUUUGUGUGAAUCCCUCCACAGACUUCCAGGUCUGUACGUUUAAGUGUGUGUGUGGGAGGAACAAGUGUACCGCUUUUCUGUUAUCUGCUAUUUGUGGGAUCAAAUGAUACAGUUUGUCUAAACAUUUCAAACAGAUUUUUUUCCAUCAUUUUGUGUCACUAUAAGGAGCUGAUUAAUCUGUUUGAAAUUCUUCACAAAGAGGACCCCAAUAAAUGUUUAAUCUGUUAAGGGAUUUACAUGCUGACUUAUAUUUGUUACCUUCCUGUUUGUUGAGUUGAAAAUGGUGGGUACAGCAAACAAAAUGGUAUUAAAGCUCUUCAGGUGUCUAGUUGUCCUACAUUUUUGCCUCAAAGAGCUACUGAUGUUUUUAAUGUCAGUUGGUUUGCAGCUAUUUAUUAAAGUCCCUUUUUUUGGAA